AUCUGAGCCGUACGCGCCUCUGCUGGCUUAUGUUUUCGUCACCUGCUUCGGUUUCUCUCAUUAUUAAUGCGAACAACCCCGUCGGUCUUCUUCCGUUCUCCUCCUCCCUCUUGGCUGUGGGGUUUUAGCGGUGAAGCGAUCGAGUCGGCGGAGAGGGGACGAGGAGAGGUCGAACGCGAGCUACGUUUAAGGGGCGGUUUGGAUUUAUGUCGUCUGGUCCCUUCGAUCUAUUGUUUCUCGGUGCUGGAAACUUGGGAGCUUUGGAUCGGCUACUGUGUGCUUCUGGUGUCAUCGCUGGUCUCUCCCUCUUUCUCAUCCUCUCCUUCGUCUCCUAUUCUUCCCAGUGGCCGAAGAGGAGGGAUUCGAUGCAAUAUGCAAGGGCUGGUUUUGGAGUGACGUAUUUCGGAUUUCAGCAUACAUAUCUGUGUUGUUUCCGAUUCAUCUUCUUGAGAGUAACCCUUACUUGACGGAGAGAUCCAAAAAAGAAAAGCCCACCUUUUCGUUUUUUUUUUCGUUUUUUUUUUUUCGAUUUUGAGAGGAGAAAUGACGCCCUGUGAGCGCUUGUGUGGGAAACAGCAUCAUAAGCCGCUGAGGAGGAGGGGGAAGAAGCAACGCCACCGAACCGAUGCCGCUUCCAAACUCCAAUCCAGACUACUCGCAAGAAGAAUCCGCGUCGUCUUCGACGAUCCCGACGCCACGGAGUCGAGCGACGACGAGGGGAUGAACUACUCCUGCCGAAAGAAGAGGGCGAUUCACGAGUUCUCGGUGCUUCCCACAUUCCCUUUGUCGCUCUUGCAAGCCUCGUCGGAGGAGAGCAGCGGAAGGAAACCCAAAAACUCCCGGAGGCCGAAGGUCAUAACACUCGGCUCGGUGAAUUCGACUUCCGGCACCUCCCCCGUCAAGUUUAAGGGGGUCAGGCAGCGUCCUUGGGGGAAAUGGGCGGCCGAGAUCCGUGACCCCAUCCGCGGCGUCAGGAUUUGGCUCGGCACUUACGACACCGCGGAGGCAGCCGCCGCAGCUUACGCGGCUGCUGCGCGCCGCUUUCAGUCUGAGAAGAAAAUCCUCGCGGCCGACGUGUCCUCCAACUCCACCACCACCUCCACGUCAUCCUGUGUCUCGAUGCACUCCGACGCCGUGGCUGUGGCGGCGCCCCCCUCUCCCUCAUCCGUGCUCGACAUCUCCGCAUCCGCCAUCGCGGAGUAUAGCCAGGUGUCGCCCGAGAAGACCGCCCCGGCAGGAGCAGAGCGGUGCUUCUCGGAGCUCUUGAUGGAGCAACAGCUGGCGUCCCCCUUCUCGUUGGAGUCGGCGUUCCCCUUCGAGUCGGACCCGUUUCUCGAGUCGGUGCUGCUCGACGAGGAGUUCGUGCCGCUCGAGUGCCUCCCCGUCUUUGAUGACGACAUCGUCGGCGAUGAUUUUCCCAGCCUCGAGGCCCUCAGCCAGUUGAUGGAAUUCGAUCUAUGACAGCGUGAAGAUUUUGCAGCUUAGUCCCCAGCAUCACUGCUACCAUUAUUUAUCUCAGCAAGAAAGAGAUAGAUGUGUUUUUCGAGAUUUUCGUUCAAUUUUGUUUCGUGAGUGAAGACUUCUUGGGUUUUUCCGGAGCUGUAAGAGCCGCCCCCAAGAAGAAGACUUUUCCUUGUCAUUGCAUGUUGGUCUUUUUCUCUAAAACAUAGUCUUGCUUUCGUUCGGCUA